AUGCAAAGUGACUUCAGAUGUGGAGUGAUUGUCUUCCUUAAGGUACCGAGGGGACUCUCUACUUGUACCUGCCUCUUAAGUGUGCUUUGGGCCAUCACCAUCAGCCCCAGGAGCUCCUGGCUGCUAAAUUCAAACUUAAAUCUCCAAAUCCCAUCCUGUGUUUAUUUCUUUUCUUAUAGGAGACAUAGGCAGCAGUCACAGCAUCUUCACGGCAAGAGUCUCUCUCCAAGAAGCUCCCCAGAAAAAUGGGCUACUCAGACAAUUAUGCUGCUGAUGAGUUGUUUUGUGAUCAUAUAUUGUAUGGAUUUCAUUUCAUUUUCCAUGGGGUUGCCAUAG